AUGCCCUCCCAUCCAGAUGCAGCAGUCUAUCCCGAAGCAACGGGCCCGGCCAAAGCGUUGGUCGACCAACACCAAGCAGAGCAACCACUCAAGCUGUAUGCGGGGUGGUUUUGUCCGUCAUUGCUAACCCAUCCCAUCCCAGUGCAACGCGUCUGGCUGGCACUAGAAGAAAAGCAGAUUCCAUACCAAUACAUUGAGGUGAACCCAUACAACAAACCGCAGUCACUACUCUCGUUGAACCCCCGCGGACUCGUGCCGACGCUGUCCGUCCCGACCUCCGAGGGCAGUCGACCGCUGUACGAGUCAAACGUGGUCCUCGAAUAUCUCGAGGAAGCCUAUCCGGACCGCUCACCCCGCCUGCUGCCGGAGGACCCUUACGAGCGAGCACGGGCGCGCAUCUGGGUCGACUUCGUUACUUCCCGCGUGAUCUCGGCCUUCCAUCGCUUCCUGCAGUACCAGCCUUCGUCGGCGGACGAGGACGCCGUGGCCGAACUGGACCGGCACCGACAGGAAUUCCUCGACCUACUGAAGCAGUGGGCACGGGAAUUGCAUCCCGAAGGACCGUUCUUCCUCGGAGACCAGAUCAGUCUUCCGGAUCUGGUGCUGGGCCCCUGGGCGAUCCGGCUGUGGGUGUUUGACGAGUUCAAGGUGGGCGGGCUGGGGGUGCCUGCUGAAGGCCAGGGAGGAGAGGAUGAAGCCGUUUGGCGGCGGUGGAGGAAAUGGGUGAAGGCCAUAGAGGAGCGUAGGAGCUUCCGGGAGACUAUGAGUGAUGCGCAGCAGUACCGGCCUAUCUACAAACGAUAUGCGGACAACGUCGCGCAGAGUGAAUUGGCUAAAGCGACUCGGAGUGGACGGGGAGUUCCUUGA